GACUUUGUAUUGCAUUUUUCUUGAAAAAAAAAAAACAUGACUUUGGAAAGGAAUCAACCCGAAUUAGGAAUCAAUAAUUGUAGUUCCAGCACUCCUGCCAUCGUAUACUUGACUGGCUGGCGAUAUGCUGCUGUGGGCAUCGCAAUUGUCAUGAGCAUGUUUUUGGCUUCACUAGAUCUGAUUCAAAUAGCUGAAUACCUCACAAUUCCAAACAUCACCGAGGAAUUUCAUAGUCUCAAUGAUAUUGGAUGGCAUGCUUCCGCACUAUUUUUAACAGUCGCAGCAGCUCAAUCAUUGUGGGGAAAGGCUUUCAAAUGCUUCCCCAUCAAGAUCGUUUAUUUGAUUAGUAUAGCUGUCUUUGAACUUGGAAGUUUGAUAUGUGGUGUUGCUAGAAAGAGCAUAACAUUGAUUGAUGUAGGGCGAGCUAUAACAAAUUUUGGUGUUGCGGGAACAUUUGGGGCAUCAUAUAUCAUUAUCGGGGUUUCAGCUCCGCCAGAAAAAAGGCCUGCGAUGACAGGAUUUAUGGGCUCAGAAUAAACCAUUGCGUCAGUCAUUGUUCCAUUGAUUGGAGGGGCUCUCACCGAUCGUGUAUCAUGGAGUUGGUGGUAAGUCGAAGUAUAAUACGUAUUUUCCCUUCAGACGUGGUUCUGAUCGUUGGCAGCUUUAUUAAUCUUCCUUGUGGUGCACUCGCGGCGGCUUGAAUCAUCUUUCUCUUCAAAGUAAUAGAUGCAGUGAAACCAGUUGAGGCGACCUUAAAGAAAAAGCUUCCGCAAAUGGAUAUACCUGGAUUUCUUUUCAUCACUGCGUCCAUCGUCUGCUACAUUAUAUCUCUAUAGUUUGGAGGUGCCAUUAAACGAUGGAGUAACUCAGAUUUAAUUGGUACACUUGUUGGCUUUGCAUUAUUCCUCAUUAUGGUAUCAAGGGGAGAGAGCCCUUCUCCUACAAUGUAUUUUCAGAAACCCUAAUAUCGCAAAGGGAUGUGCUUUUUGCUUCCUAAUUGCCGGCAGCUUCUACAUCUUCCUAUACUAUCUGCCGAUUUACUUCCAAGCGACUCGAGGAACUGAUGCCACUGGGUCUGGAAUUCGAACUCUUCCUGUAAUCUUAGGUCUCACUUUGGUACAAAUUAUAACAGGUAUCAGCGUCGGCAAGAUAGGCGUCAUUAAUCCAUUCUUGAUCGUCGGUGGAAUACUGACAAGUAUCUCUUGCGGAUUAUUGAUGACUUUGCAAACAGACACUUCCUCAAAUAAAUGGAUUGGUUACCAAGCUCUGGCAAGUAUAUUGGAGAGAUUCGUGGAAGAUUGCGUAGUUGGAAUGGAACAUACCAACUGAAGAAUUCGAUAAUCGCUUUGGUUUUGACAUUCACGUCGCUUUAUCUAGGCGUGAUGAUAGAUGUGAUCAUGUACUAAACCGUCAAAGUCAAUAGAUUGUCUUCACCACACCGAAUAUAGAUAAAAUCCUCGAUAUUAUAAGCGAGAAGUGCA